AUGAUAGCCGGAAAACUCAGUAAGCCCUUGCUGCUACUGCGGAGUGAGAUGAAUGCAGAGUCGAGAGGUGAGGACAAGGCAGCUACUUCAGACAGCGAGCUGAACGAGCCCCUGCUUGCUCCCGUGGAAUCAAAUGAUGGUGAGGACACUCCCAGCAAGCUCUUCGGGGCCAGAGGCAACUCCGUGCCGGCUGAGUCAGGUACAAAUCCUGAUCCUCACCACCCGAGCCAGUCUCAUCCAGGAUUCUCGGUUGGACCUCAGUCACUGCUAGCAGCACAACAACUGGCAUCGGCGGUCGCUGGAGUGAUGCCAGGGGGUGCUCCUGGCCUCAACCAGCCAAUCCUUAUCCCAUUUAACAUGGCCGGACAACUUGGUGGACAACAAGGACUGGUGCUGACAUUGCCUACAGCUAAUCUCACAAACAUUCAAGGCCUGGUGGCAGCCGCAGCUGCAGGAGGAAUAAUGACUCUGCCAUUGCAAAAUCUACAAGCUACCUCAUCCCUGAACUCACAACUUCAGCAGCUUCAGCAUCUACAGCAGCUACAUCAGCAUCAUCACCACCACCAUCAUCAAGGAUCACAGCAACAACAACAGCAGCAACAGCAGCAAACGUCAGCCCAGCAUCAGCAAUCACCCCAGCAGUCAUCUCAGCCUCAUCCUUCACAGCAAUCCCAACAGCAACAAAAUCAGCAACAGCAGCAAAACCAAACACCGAACAAAAGCCAGAGCCAACUUGCUACAAGCCAGCAGCCCUGCAGCUCACCCCAAAAGCCCAAUCAAUCACCAGGACAUGGCCUUCCUUCCCCAAUGACCCCACCAAACCCAUUGCAGAUGGUCAAUAAUCCCUUAGCAAACCAGGCAGCAGCAGCCGCAGCAGCGGCAGCUGCCAUGGGCUCCAUAGCAAGUUCACAGGCCUUUGGGAAUGCACUCUCCAGUCUGCAAGGUGUUACUGGUCAGCUGGUCACCAAUGCACAAGGACAGAUUAUUGGAACAAUUCCACUCAUGCCAAGCCCAGUGUCAUCAAAUCAAGCGGGAGGUGGAGCUCAGGGACUUCAAGUGCAACCCAUUACACCACAGCUGCUGACAAAUGCCCAGGGACAGAUCAUUGCCACUGUAAUAGGGAACCAAAUUUUACCAGUGAUCAAUACCCAGGGUAUUACGCUCUCUCCACUCAAACCUGGACAACAGCUCCAUCAACCAGCACAAGCACCGGUGGGUCCAGCAACAUCACAGGCAAAUCUUCUGCAUUUGGCUCAUAAUCAGGCAUCAAUGGCUCAAAGUCCAGUCCGCCAAUCUUCAUCUUCUUCCUCUUCAUCUUCCUCUUCGUCAGCUUUGAGCGUUGGUCAGUUAGUCAGCAAUCCACAAACUGCCGGUGGAGAGGUUGAUGGGGUAAAUCUGGAAGAAAUCAGAGAGUUUGCUAAAGCUUUUAAGAUUAGACGCCUUUCACUUGGCUUGACUCAAACACAGGUUGGCCAAGCAUUAAGUGCAACAGAGGGUCCAGCCUAUAGCCAGUCAGCCAUCUGCAGACACACCAUCCUGAGAAGCCACUUUUUCCUACCACAGGAAGCCCAAGAGAACACUAUAGCUAGCAGUCUGACAGCCAAACUGAACCCUGGCCUUUUGUAUCCUGCCAGGUUUGAAAAGCUGGACAUCACCCCUAAAAGUGCCCAGAAGAUAAAGCCAGUCCUUGAGAGGUGGAUGGCUGAGGCUGAGGCCCGCCACCGAGCAGGAAUGCAGAACCUGACAGAAUUUAUCGGCAGCGAGCCUUCAAAAAAACGCAAGAGACGCACCUCAUUCACACCACAGGCUCUAGAGAUCUUGAACGCCCAUUUUGAGAAGAACACACACCCUUCUGGACAGGAAAUGACAGAAAUUGCAGAGAAGCUGAACUAUGACCGGGAAGUUGUCCGGGUAUGGUUCUGCAACAAGAGACAAGCUCUCAAGAAUACAAUAAAACGCUUAAAACAACAUGAGCCGGGCACAGGAGUCCCUAUGGAGUCUUUAACAGACUCAAUGGAAGAAAAUUCCUAA